AUCUCCUCGAAUUACGAGACCUUUUUGCAUGUAUAUAUAACACAAACCUUCCUCUCAAAACAAACACACACUAUCCCACAAGAUAUUAAGAUGAGUAGGCCUGGAGAUUGGAACUGCAGAUCAUGCCAGCAUUUGAACUUCCAGAGGAGGGAAUCAUGCCAAAGGUGCGGCGAGAUGAAGCAUGGCGUCGGGUUUGGUAGUAGAGGAAGCAUCACUGCUUCUGCAUUUGGGUUCACUGGCCCGGAUGUCAGGCCUGGUGACUGGUACUGCAAUGUGGGCAACUGUGGAGCUCAUAACUUUGCUAGCCGCUCCAGCUGCUUCAAGUGCGGCGCAUUCAAGGAUGACUUGGCCUCUAGUGGCGGCGGUGGUGGUGGUUUUGACGGUGAUAUGUCUCGUGGGAGGAGUUUUGGGUUUGGUAGCGGAAGUGGUGGUGGUGGUAGCAGUCGUUCGGGGUGGAAGUCCGGUGACUGGAUAUGCACUAGGCCGGGCUGCAACGAGCACAACUUUGCUAGCAGGAUGGAAUGCUUUAGAUGCAACGCGCCUAGGGAUUCCGGUAGCCAUUCUUCCUUUUAAGUCUGCAGUUUGGGUCAUUUCCAGUUUCGGGUAUUGUCAAUUUGCUAUCUACAUAAUUAGAGGAAGAGUGAGAGAGAGAGAGAGUGAGAGAUUGAUCAGACAUAAUCAAGAAAGAAGAAUCCUGCAUCCAGUUGAUAGGAACCAUAUUCUAAACUGACCCCUUUUUGCCCUUAUCAUAUGCAUCCAGUUGAUAGGAACCAUUUCCUAUCUUCGAUUUUCUUCGUUUGUUUUUGUUUUUUUUUUUAAUUUUUAUUUAAAUAGUAACGGUCUUUCGAUCUGCUAGGAAGACGUAGGUGAAUUAUGGUUAAUUUGAUUAGUGAAACUCAUGUUUGAUUUUAUGGCUGAUAAAUCACUCAUUUUGUGAGGUUCUUCCUUGA